AUAUCAGUGAACCUAUACAACCAACACAAGCUUCACAUUCUUCUCUGUCAAAGCUUCCACUUGUUCUACGAAUCCUUCAUUCCUUUUUCUUCUUGUUGAGGAAGAUAGUCCCAAUUGAAAGCAAUGUCUAUUCGUAUGCCUCGUAUAAUUCUUGCUAAACAAAUCCUCCGACGAUCUUCAUCAUUGAAAGCAAACCAAGCAGCCUCAGCAGCAGCAGAUGUUCCCACGGGUCAUUUUGCAGUUUAUGUUGGAGUGAGUGAAAAGAAGCGUAUCGUAAUUCCGAUAUCAUACUUGAACCAGCCUUCAUUCCAACACUUGUUAAGCCAAGCUGAGGAAGAAUUUGGAUUUGAUCAUCCAAUGGGUGGUCUCACCAUUCCUUGUAGUGAAGACAUCUUCAUCAAUCUCACUUCUCGAUUGGGUGGAUCAUGAUUCAUCAUAGAGGACAGCCACCACACUUUUGUAACAAAGCAGUAUUCACCAUUUUCAUGUACAAAUUUUCUUUCCUUUUUCACACAAAAAAUUCAGCAGGAGGAGGGAGAGAAAAGAUGUCAUCAGAAGAUUAUAAAUAGUUAUUAAUGGCAUUCUCUGACAUUUAAAUGCAAAGCUUCAUUCCAUUGAAUUUUUUGUUUUUAUAGAUUCUGGAGUGUUUACAUGUUCAUUUUCUCAAUUGAAAGAAAAAAAUUGUUAAUAUAGUUUUGACA